GUGGCCGGCCGGGAUCAGCCUUUAAGAUGGCGUCUCCUCAGGGGGGCCAGAUUGCGAUCGCGAUGAGGCUUCGGAACCAGCUCCAGUCAGUGUACAAGAUGGACCCGCUACGGAACGAGGAGGAGGUCCGAGUAAAGAUCAAAGACUUGAACGAGCACAUCGUCUGUUGCCUGUGCGCAGGGUACUUCGUGGAUGCCACCACCAUAACAGAGUGUCUUCAUACGUUCUGCAAGAGUUGUAUUGUGAAGUACCUCCAAACCAGCAAGUACUGCCCCAUGUGCAACAUCAAGAUCCACGAGACACAGCCACUGCUCAACCUCAAACUGGACCGGGUCAUGCAGGACAUCGUGUACAAGCUAGUGCCAGGCUUGCAAGACAGUGAAGAGAAACGGAUCCGAGAAUUCUACCAGUCCCGAGGCUUGGACCGGGUCACCCAGCCCAGCGGGGAAGAGCCAGCCCUGAGCAACCUUGGCCUCCCAUUCAGCAGCUUCGACCACUCAAAAGCCCACUACUAUCGCUAUGAUGAGCAGCUGAGCCUAUGCCUGGAGCGGCUGAGUUCUGGCAAAGACAAGAAUAAAAGCGUCCUGCAGAACAAAUAUGUCCGAUGUUCUGUUAGAGCUGAAGUUCGCCAUCUCCGGAGGGUUCUCUGUCACCGCUUGAUGCUAAAUCCCCAGCAUGUGCAGCUCCUUUUCGACAAUGAAGUUCUCCCUGAUCACAUGACCAUGAAGCAGAUAUGGCUGUCCCGCUGGUUCGGCAAGCCAUCCCCUUUGCUCUUACAAUACAGUGUGAAAGAGAAGAGGAGGUAGGGGCCAAGCCCCCACCUGUCCCUCGGCCCUUCCCGCCCCAGAUAUUUAUGUGAAAUUAACCUUGGCUUUAUUUUUUGAAAUAAAAA